GGCAGUACCAUAUUGCGCCAGAUAAAAUUUAUAUUGAUUUAACCUAUUUACUAGUAAAAAUGUCGUUUAGGGAGCGUUUGAUAAAUAUUCAUCGCGACACGGUUAAGGGUAGUCUAUGGAAUCGCCUCAAUGUGAUCCAAACUCUUAUGAUAUUACAUGGCGCCGAAAUUAUAUGGAUCGCUGUACUAAUAUGGCAAAACUGGGUUUUUGAGACGAAAUUGAUGGGUAGUGGAUUCACCGAACACUGGAUCAUACAUCUUGUUUGUACUAUUUUGGCGCUUAUGCCAUUCAUACCUGGGACGUUCUGGCUAUAUCUUAGCUUUCCCCUACACCUAAUUAAACUGUUGCAGCCAUCAUAUGUUGUCGGCAUCAUGGGUGGUAAAAUGUCGUCUUGGUUUCUCAACCAUAGAGGAGCACGUGAUCAAGAUAUAUAUGAUAAAGUUUUGAAUACUGCACUCCGCAGUGGAUUGCUUAGUACAUUGAUAUCGAUAAAUUUUAAAAUAUAUCUUUCUGCAGCGGUAUUAUGGUAUCAUUUAGUAUUAGAACGCAUUAGGAGUGCUGGGGGAACUGGAUGCGAAAAGAAAACCGCCUUGGAACUUGAAAUGGAAGCGGCAGGCGCAAAGGAGCACAAUACAUGUGAUAUGAUAUGAUAUGAUAUGAACA